GCACAACCAUACGAUUCGAGUCAUAAUAGGCAGCUGCAAAACGUCAGAGAAGAACUUUGUACGUGCCUGUGCCAGUGUGGUUGUGCCACCGCCUUCAUUGCAGCAAGCUGGAGGAAUCCAUCCGCAACAAUCUCGAGAGCAUGGCUUCUUCACAGAGCUUGCUAGGUUGGUUCCCUUGGGUCUGCGGGGAAGUGUUCGAUCUUGGAUCCGCAUGCACACAAAGAAGCUUGAUAGAUUUCCUCAACAUUCUUUUCCUUGUCAUCUACUCCUUCAGCCUGCUUAUAAUAGCUUGUUUCAGAAGGCAGUCCAACAGCUGGAGUAGACGCCGGCGAUGGGAUUUCAUCGUCAUCUCUGUUUCCUGUGCUUUAACUGGCAUUGCAUACUUCAGCGCUGGCGUCAGGGCUUUAUCUCUGGAAGAACAUGAGCUCAUGAACUGGACAUGGCUCUCUUACUUCGCCAGAAGCCUAAUCUGGAUAGCUGUAGCUGUUUCCUUGAUCAUUCAGCCCACUGAAUGGGUACAAAAUCUAAGCCUAAUCUGGUGGACUUCAUCUUCACUUGUCUCCUCUGCACAUACUUUGAACCUCCUGCUGAACGAUGGUCGUCGUAGCCUUCCAAUCCUCGAUCUGUUGUCGUGGUCUGUGAACCUGCUGCUUCUUUACUGCGCCAUCAGGCUCGCCGUUCAGAGGUAUCUUCACAAAGGCAAUCCAAAAGACGGCAUAUCUCGACCCUUACCGAGCGACAACAGACCGAACCAUGCUGCGGUGAAGAAGGCUGGCCUACUCGGUCGCCUGACGUUUUCAUGGUUGAACCCUUUGCUGCGUCUGGGUUUCUCCGAGCCAUUGCACCUCGACGACAUACCUCCGCUGGAUUUGGAAGACGAGGCGUCGCAUGCCUAUAAGAGAUUCUUCCAGAUCUGGGAUGUCGGGCGUGGGGCAAAAGGAAAGAGCAGGAAUUUGGUGUCCUCGGCACUGGCAGAGUGUUACUUGAUGGAGAUCUUGAUCACAAGUGUCUAUGCGCUUCUGAAAACAGUAGCAGUUUCAGCAUCUCCGAUCCUACUUUACGUGUUUGUGCAGUACAAUUACCGUGAGGAGAAAGAUCUGUUCAUGGGCCUCGCACUGGUUGGAAUCCUGGUGCUGCUGAAGCUGGUGGAGUCCCUGUCCCAAAGGCAUUGGUUCUUCGAGUCGAGGAAGCUGGGCAUGAGGAUGCGUUCGGCGCUAAUGGCAGCCAUAUUCGAGAAGAUGUUGAAGCUUUCGAGCCAUGGCAGGAGAAAGCAUUCCACGGGUGAGAUCGUCAACUACAUCGCGGUUGACGCCUACAGACUCGGGGACUUCCCUUACUGGUUUCACAUGGCAUGGAGUCUACCGCUGCAGCUGCUGUUCUCGGUGGCGAUACUCUUUUGGGCUGUCGGCAUCGGUGCACUUCCGGGGCUCGUUCCUCUGAUCAUCCUCGGGAUCGCCAACGUGCCCUUCGCGAAGAUCUUACAGAGUUACCAAUCCGAGUUCAUGUCGGCGCAGGACGAAAGACUGAGGGCAACAUCCGAAGCCUUGAACAGCAUGAAGAUCAUCAAGCUGCAGUCAUGGGAGGAACACUUCAGGAAGAUGAUCCAAGAUCUCAGAGACGUGGAGUUCAAGUGGUUGUCGGAGAUCCAGAACAAGAAGGCCUACGGCUCUGCUCUGUAUUGGAUGUCUCCCACCAUCGUUUCAUCGGUAGUGUUUGCAGGCACGGCAGCCAUGGGAAGCGCUCCUUUGAAUGCCAGCACGAUCUUCACGGUGCUCGCAACAUUGCGUGUCAUGUCGGAGCCUGUCCGAAUGCUUCCUGAGGUCCUUUCGAUCAUGAUUCAAGUCAAGGUAUCAUUAGAUAGAAUCAACACCUUCCUGCACGAAGACGAAAUCAAAGAAGAUGAUGUCAAGAGAAGCCAUCUACAGAACUCCAAUCUCAGUGUCCAGUUGAGGAAUGGGGUUUUCUGUUGGGAAGCAGGUGAAUCUAUCCCCACGCUAAAGAAUCUUAAUCUGACCAUAAACAAAGGAGAAAAGGUAGCUGUUUGUGGGCCUGUUGGUUCUGGGAAAUCAUCAUUGUUGUAUGCCAUACUUGGAGAGAUACCAAAACUCUCAGGAUCUGUUGAGGUCUUCGGAUCGAUCGCAUAUGUUUCGCAGACAUCCUGGACUCAGAGCGGGACACUUCGUGACAACAUUCUCUACGGGAAACCAAUGGACGAGGCACUCUACGAGAAGGCCAUCAAAUCAUGUGCACUGGACAAGGACAUCGACAACUUCGACCACGGCGACCUCACGGAGAUUGGGCAGAGAGGACUGAACAUGAGCGGGGGGCAGAAGCAGAGGAUCCAGCUCGCUAGAGCAGUCUACAACGAUGCAGACAUUUAUCUCCUCGACGAUCCUUUCAGUGCAGUUGAUGCGCAUACUGCUGCGAUCCUUUUCCAUGAUUGUGUGAUGUCUGCUCUGGAGAAGAAGACCGUCGUUCUUGUGACUCACCAAAUUGAGUUUCUCCCGGAAACCGAUCGGAUUCUGGUGAUGGAGCAUGGAAAGGUCGCACAGGAAGGAACUUACGAGCAGCUACUGAAGUCGGGAACAGCUUUCGAGCAGUUGGUCAAUGCUCAUCAAUCUUCCAUGAACAUCAUAGAUUCUUCAAGCCAUGGAAACCAAAAUCUUGCAGAAAGUGCAGGCGGUGGUCAAGAACACGACGCACAUCAGCCCACAAAGCAGGAGAGUGAGGUCGAAAUAUCCAGUCAGGGCCUCUCAGCCGCGCAGCUCACCGAAGAUGAAGAGACGGCGAUAGGUGAUCUCGGAUGGAAGCCAUAUCGAGACUAUCUCCAAGUUUCCAAGGGUUACACUCUUCUUGUUUGGAUGAUCCUGCUUCAAUCUGUAUUCGUGCUUCUCCAAAGCCUCUCGGGCUACUGGUUGGCCGUGGUCGCCCAGCUGCAGCAUGUCAGUGGUGGAAUCCUGGUUGGAGUUUAUGCAGUGAUCUCAAUCCUUAGCUGCCUCUUUGCAUACACGAGAAGCUUGGUUGCUGCUCGACAGGGUCUAAAUGCCUCGAAGGCUUUCUUCUCCUCUCUCAUGGACUCGGUCUUCAAAGCUCCUAUGUCGUUCUUCGACUCGACACCCGUGGGAAGGAUUCUAACAAGGGUAUCCUCUGAUCUGAGUAUUUUGGACUUCGACAUACCUUACUCCAUCGUUUUUGUGCUGUCUGGGUCGUUAGAAAUCUCAGGAAUGAUAAUAAUCAUGGCAUCUGUGACAUGGCAAGUGCUGAUCGUAGCAGUCCCAGUGAUGAUCAGAAUGAUCUUUGUUCAGAGGUACUAUGUGGCAUCAGCAAGGGAGCUUGUAAGGAUCAAUGGAACGACGAAGGCACCAGCCAUGAACUACGCAGCAGAGUCAUUGAAUGGUGUUGUGACGAUCCGUGCUUUUGGGACAAUCGACAGGUUCAUCCAGACUAAUCUACGCCUAAUCGACACCGACGCAGCGUUGUUCUACUACACGAUCGGCACACUGGAAUGGGUGCUUCUGCGGGUCGAGGCACUCCAGAAUCUGACCAUAUUUACUUCAUCUCUUUGCCUUGUUCUGCUACCACAAAGAACUAUCUCUCCUGGAUUCUCUGGUCUCUGUCUCUCCUACGCUUUAACUCUUUCUUCUUCCCAAGCCUUCUUGACAAGGUUUUACUCCACCCUAGAAAACUGUAUCAUCUCUGUGGAGCGGAUAAAGCAGUUCAUGCAUAUCCCAUCAGAGCCUCCUGCGGUCAUCCAUGACAAGAGGCCGCAUCCACCUACGUGGCCCAGCGAAGGAAGGAUAGAUUUGCAAGAUCUAAAGGUGAGGUAUCGUCCAAAUGCUCCUCUGGUUCUCAAAGGGAUCACCUGCACCUUUGCGUCAGGACACAAGAUAGGGGUUGUGGGAAGGACUGGGAGUGGGAAAACAACUCUCAUAAGUGCACUGUUUCGUCUGGUGGAUCCAACCAGUGGGAGGAUUCUGAUCGAUGAGGUCGACAUAUGCUCCAUCGGCCUCAAGGAUCUCAGAAUGAAGCUGAGCAUAAUACCUCAAGAGCCCACUCUGUUCAGAGGCAGCAUCCGAAGCAACCUGGAUCCUCUUGGCCUUCAUACCGAUCAGGAGAUAUGGGAGGCCUUAGAGAAAUGUCAGCUGAAAGCGGCCAUCAGCACUCUUCCUACUCUGCUGGAUUCACCCGUGACCGACGAUGGCCAAAACUGGAGCGCCGGGCAGCGCCAGCUCUUUUGUCUCGGUCGCGUCCUCCUCCGGAAGAACCGAGUCCUCGUGUUGGAUGAAGCAACUGCGUCCAUAGACUCGGCAACCGAUGCCGUGUUACAGCGAGUCAUCAAGGAGGAGUUCGCAAGCUGCACGGUGAUAACAAUUGCUCAUAGAGUACCGACAGUCACAGACAGUGACAUGGUCAUGGUACUUUCUUACGGUAAGCUGGUGGAGUACGACAAGCCAUCAAGACUAAUCGAGAACCGCAGCUCGGCCUUCGCCAAGCUGGUGGCAGAGUAUUGGUCGAACUGCAGACGAGACUCUGCUCAUUCUCUCUCAAGCUACUAGGAGGAGUUGACACACCAGAGAAGACCUUGAGUUCCUCAUUUCAUAAGGUUUCCAAUUACAAAAGAUCGGU